AUGGCGCCCCUCUCCUACUCGGUGCCUCCAGUCCCUGGCAGGGUCUGCAGCGCCCAGGCCCCCUUGGCCACCUGGCUCUGGGACACCAGCUCCUCUCUGGAAGAAGUCAAGGAGGAUCGGGCGUUGGGUCCGGAGCGGGUGGGAGGAGAACCCGGCCAGGGUUGGUGGAGUCUGGAACAGCUGGGGCAGCAUCUGGGCUGGCACCCUGGCCUCGCUCCCCGGCUCCAGGAGGUGGCGAGCCGGGGCCUGCCCAGGAGGAGGGCCGGCCAGGUGGAGGUGCUGGGGGUGGGGCGGGCAGGAGCUGACUCAGCACCCCGGAACCGGGCCGCUGCCAGCACUAAGCACCCCCUCCAGCCACCCAUCUGUUCAUCUCCCAGGCUUAUGCCCCUGAGCACUGGGGCCGGCUUGUCAGUGUUACGUGAUCCAAGUGCCAGUGAGGCCUCCCGGUUCACGGAGUGGAGGAGGCAGAGUGGCCGGGGCAGCCUCACCUGCAGUGACCAGCUCAUCCAGCUUACGGUCCUGCACAAACUGGGACAGUCCCUGGCCGUCGGGCCCCAGUACUCAUCCCUGGGCACUCAGCCCAUCCUGUGUGCCAGCAUCCCCGGCCUGGUCCCCAAGCAGCUGCGCUUCUGCCGAAACUACGUGGAGAUCAUGCCCAGUGUGGCGGAGGGCGUCAAGAUCAGCAUCCAGGAGUGCCAGCAUCAGUUCCGCGGGCGCCGCUGGAACUGUACCACCGUGAACAACAGCCUGGCCAUCUUCGGCCCCGUGCUGGACAAAGCCACCCGGGAGUCCGCCUUUGUACACGCCAUUGCCUCUGCCGGCGUGGCCUUCGCCGUGACACGCUCGUGUGCCGAGGGCUCCGCGGCUAUCUGUGGCUGCAGCAGCCGCCACCAGGGCUCCCCGGGCGAGGGCUGGAAGUGGGGUGGCUGCAGUGAGGACAUCGAGUUUGGCGGCAUGGUGUCUCGAGAGUUUGCAGAUGCGCGGGAGAACCGGCCAGACGCCCGCUCCGCGAUGAACCGCCACAACAAUGAGGCCGGUCGCCAGGCCAUCGCCAGCCACAUGCAUCUCAAGUGCAAGUGCCACGGGCUGUCGGGCAGCUGCGAGGUGAAGACGUGCUGGUGGUCGCAGCCCGACUUCCGCGCCAUCGGUGACUUGCUCAAGGACAAGUACGACAGCGCCUCGGAGAUGGUGGUGGAGAAGCACCGCGAGUCGCGCGGCUGGGUGGAGACCCUGCGGCCGCGCUACACCUACUUCAAGGUGCCCACGGAGCGCGACCUGGUGUACUACGAGGCCUCGCCCAAUUUCUGCGAGCCCAACGCCGAGACCGGCUCGUUCGGCACCCGCGACCGCACGUGCAACGUGAGUUCGCACGGCAUCGACGGCUGCGACCUGCUGUGCUGUGGCCGCGGCCACAACGCGCGCACCGAGCGGCGCCGCGAGAAGUGCCACUGCGUCUUCCACUGGUGCUGCUACGUGAGCUGUCAAGAGUGCGCGCGCGUCUACGACGUGCACACCUGCAAGUAG